AUGAACGGACUUGGAUCCUUCUCCUCCCUUGGCUGAAACCUGUUAUUCAACAGAGGGAUUUUGCAGUGUUAACAGUUUGCUGAAGAUACUAUUUUCUCUGCUCACUGUCACAUAGGUGCAGGUGGAGAGGCUAUGAACGAAAACAAAUUUCUGAACACAGACUCCAGCACAGGAUCAGUGGAAACAACCGUCAAGCCUUUACCAUUUAAAGAUCCAAACUUCAUUCACUCCGGCAUUGGUGGAGCAGCAGCUGGCAAGAAGAACAGAACUUGGAAGAACCUAAAACAAAUUCUUGCUUCUGAAAGGGCAUUGCCAUGGCAACUAAAUGAUCCUAGCUAUUUUAAUAUUGAUGCUCCUCCUUCCUUUAAGCCUGCCAAGAAAUAUUCGGACAUUUCAGGACUUCCGGCAAAUUACACAGAUCCCCAGAGCAAGCUGAGAUUUAGUACUAUUGAAGAAUUUGCCUAUAUUCGGAUGCUCCCUUCAGAUGUGGUUACAGGAUACCUGGCUCUAAGGAAAGCAACAAGCAUUGUUUCCUGA